UCACUUGUCAAUGCCAAACGUUGAGUUAACAGUGUCAACUGUCACAACAAAUACCGACGAUUAUUUUCAAUAUUUUUUAACUUCUUAGAUUAAUUUAAAUUGUUCAAUAUGCUAACGUUAUGGAAUUUGUUUGAGGCUUCGUUACUUUGUCUGAAUGCUGUCUGCGUGUUACACGAGGAAAGAUUUAUGCAAAAGAUGGGAUGGGGAUCCAAUAAUCAGAACCAAGGAUUUGAAGAUCAAUCUACAGUGAAAUUCCAAAUUUUAAACUUGGUCAGAUCUAUAAGGACGGUUACAAGAAUUCCAUUAAUCAUCUUGAACAUAUUAACAAUAAUAUUUAAAUUAUUAUUGGGAUAGUAGGAUUAUAUUGAAGAUGUUUAGGAGUUUAAGAAAAUAAAAACAUUACAACAGUUUUUCAACAAGAACAACUAAUCAAAGAUAACUGGACAUGAUCCCUGAACAAGUGUUUGGUAAAAAAUAUUAUUAACAUGGUUCCAUACCAACUUAUAAUGUUUAAUAUAAUGUCUUUGCUACUUUAAAUAA